GGGUUUCGGCUAUUUUCAUUGCUUCACUCUAUGCCGUGUUACCUGCAAUUACAUAAUUAGAGUAACAAGUACAACUGCCACAGAACUGGUUUGGGCACAAACAGCUGACUCUUGAUAAGCAUCCAGCAAAGCUGAUGGAGCGGAAGUCCAAAGCUGUGCCGAGACCAGCCUGUUGGCCAAGGGCAUCUGUCAGUCAGUCAGUGUGUUUUACAGAAGAAAAUGCGAAGCAACAGCUCCGUGAGGCCAGGAGAGGCGAGAAGGACAGGAACUUGCCCGCCAUCUCCAGCCCCGGAGAGGUCAGCCCAGCAGAGUCACGAGCGAGCUCUAGCAGGCCGCCCAGAGGCUGCUAUCCGUGCUACCACUCAGGGCCUGGGCACGGGGGUUCUGAAAAGCUUCCAGCUGAUUCUAAGCCGCAGGGCUGAGGACUGCCGCCCGAGAGUGCAACCCUGGGAGGGCAGGGCCUGCCUCCCUGGCUCACAACUGGACACAGGGCACCCAGCACAGUUCCUGGUCACCAUGGGCACUCGCCUCCUAUCUUUCCAGGACUGAGUGGCAGCCACCAGGUGUCACACACGGGGGCACGGGCUCCACUCCCGAGUGGCAGAUAAGGACACCCAGAGAGAAGGUGGCUCCUCGAUGGUGAAAACCACCCAGAAACUGGUUCCAGGAGGUGCCAGCUGGAGCUGCAGUUAAUCAUUCACCCGACACCAUAGGAAGUGAGCGGCCGUGCGUGGCGGCUCCAGCACCAGGGCUUCUUGAGAGGUCCUUUCAGUGAACGGGUCAUCGGGACAGAGAGGAGGGGCAGGACACAGUCACAGGGGAGGGGACGGGUGGCCUAGGGCAAGGGCUCUGGGCCCAGCCCCUUGCCCCACCCCCCUCAAGUCCACCUUCUCUCAACCGGGACACCUGGGCACCCGCAGCCUGAGAACCCCCCAAACGGCAUCACAAGAGGGCAGAACGCAGCGCAGGGGGUCCACAUGGACAAACUACUAGGGAAACAAGCCUGGCAGGAGGACCUACAGCACAACCCCUGGGACCAGGGGGGCCUGGCCGUGAUCUGCUUGUUCAUCGCCACGAUCCUGUCUCUCACCUUGUUCGCUGUUACGUUUGGUUUACUCUCUGCGCCUGACAGCGCUAACAAGUGCGAAGAGACGUGACCCGACUUUCCGUGGGCCAGGACGGGGGCCGCUGUCACACUCUCAAAAGGCCACGUACCUUCUCUUCAAAGCCCUUUGAAUGGUCUGGAAUUACACAUUUUUCACGUGGUUACCUGCUAAGUUCCUGUCUCCCCUGCUGGACCAAACACUGAGAAGAGGGGGGUGGCUCCCUCUGUGCCCCACUGUACCCCCGUGUCUGAUGUGCCAGAUUUGCUGAAUAAAUGAAUGAACAAACGA